GAUACAUUUCUCCAGCCCGCCUGUAUUAUGCUGGUGGUUGAGUGAAGAAGCCUCCGUUUCCUUUUAUUUCGUUCGCUGGACUUCGAGCUUCUUACUGGUUGGCUUAGGGCGAUAUGGGACGGUGGAAUGCCUUAGCUAAGCAAUCCGAAUGAUUCUCAACCGGAGCUGUUAGCGCCGUCGCGAUCCUCCUGCUGGAGGCUGGAGCCCGCUGGUUUUAUCAGCUGUAAUGGCAUCCGGUGGGUCCGCCAAAUUCGCCCUUGUUCGUGAUAAAGUGAAGCAGAUAUUCACCAGUGAACGCGUAGCGUACGUCUCGGAAGAUUCUGUUUCUGGAGACGAAGAACUUCUCGACAUUACCAGCGCACCGCUAAGUCUGAUGGAUGACAACGAGGACUUUUGCCUGUGUCGGCGCUGUCGCAACGCGGGUGACCCGUCCUCUCAAACUGGCGACCCGACGCCUGUCACCGCGUCAGAUGCCUGCGUGAACUACAGGCAAAGUGCUGGCGAAAGCUCCGCUCUCCUUUACGACACUAGUGAAGAUGACAGCGAUGAAUCGCUUCACUGCCAUGCAAACCAUCAAUCAAGGCGUUCGACCAAGGUGGCCCAGAGACAACUCAUUAUCAGCUGCCUCAUCUGCUUCACAUUUAUGAUAGCAGAAGUUGUAGGUGGCUACAUGUCCAACAGCCUGGCUAUCAUGUCGGAUGCUGCUCACUUGUGUGCCGACUUGGCUGGCUUUCUGAUCUCCAUCUUUGCUGUCUGGAUUGCACAGAAGUCUCCCACGAAGAGACUGUCCUUCGGUUUCUAUCGUGCUGAAGUCCUGGGCGCUGUGCUGAGUGUGGUGUUCAUCUGGGUGCUGACGGGCAUCCUAGUUUACACAGCCGUGCAACGGAUUUACCAUGAUGACUAUGACAUUAAUGCAGACAUCAUGCUCAUCGUCUCCGGCACAGGUGUUGCCAUGAACAUCUUCAUGGGGCUGGUGUUGCAUGGCUGCUGCCCUUGUGCGGGCAUGAGUCAGCACGGCCACAGCCAUGGCCUUGGCGGACACAACCAUGGUCGCAGCAAUGAACGCUCCAACAUCAACAUCCGUGCAGCCUUCAUCCACGUCCUAGGGGACCUGCUGCAAAGCAUAGGGGUGCUCAUCUCUGCUACCAUCGUCAAGUACAAUAGCCAGUACAAGAUAGCAGAUCCCGUCUGCACGUUCAUCUUUUCGGCUCUUGUGUUGUUCACAACUGUGCCGAUCCUGAGGGAUGCCGUGUUUAUACUAAUGGAAGGAUUCCCAAAGGACCUUUCUUACAACACGGUAAAGUCAGCGCUGCAAAGCAUCAAAGGCGUCCGAAUGGCACACAGCCUCCACGUGUGGUCAUUGACAGCCAAUAGAUUCGCCCUGGCCGUACACUUAGCUGUCGAUCCCGACACAGACCAGACAGCCGUGCUUCAAGCCGCUCAGAAGUUGGUGCGAAAGAACUUUGGCAUCCACAGUUCCACAAUCCAAGUGGAGAUGUUCAGCCCAAGUGAGAUGCUGUCUUGCGAAACCUGCAAGGGACCUUGACACCCUGUCGACCUUUAUAUGACCUAAUUCAACACGCGUUGAGCGAAUCAUGGUUGCUCUCGGAAGGUUUCGAAAUGUCGAUAUAGAGAGAAGCCAAGCUGAAUUUCCUCACAGUUUUAAGAUACGUUUAGGAAAUCGGGGAAACCCUCCGCCACUGUGUCGAUUCUCACUUUUUUCAGUUCCUAAUUGUGCACCUAGGUUAAAUUGAGUUCAUUUUUGAAGUUUUCCAUAUAUUAAUCGUUGCAGUCUGAGUGCCUCUGUGAGCUACCUGUUAGAAAUCAUGCUCUGAAAGUCGCUCACACUCUUUCGGUGGGUGCAUUCACUUUAGUGACAUUUUGCCUAACUAAGGAACAGGACACAUCAGCUUUUACAAGCAGGCAGUGUUCCAAAAUCGGCGCAUUGUCGUGCACGCUCUUGCUUGUGGAUUCUGGCUCAACAUGUGCCAACCUGUGCAAAAGGAAUUGCAUACCCAAAAGUGAGUGAGAACACCACUUCUGUACGUGGCUCUGUGCUCGCAAAUGUGUGUGCAAGUCAAUAGUCAACACAUGGUUUACUGCCAGACGUUCUAGUCUGGGCCGUCAAGUUGACUUGCCCACGAUAUUACCAUCAGUGGCUUUUAUUCAUUACUGCAUUGGCAGUAUGCUUUGCCUCAGCUGUGGCAAAGCAAGGUGCAAUAAGUCUAGUUACAGUCUUCUGCUGGUGUUUGCAGCCCUAUAGCAUAGCAUUAUGCUUCUUUCCAUUUUCUGAGUGCAGCUUUCGAUAGUUAUUGCUUAUUCAGUAACAUGAAUCUCUGAUAGUGUGAAGUGUAAGGAAGACUCGAAUAUAUGUGUUCCUACCUUGGACCUGUCAUUUUACGACCUCUUAGAGCAUUGCUUCCUUGUUUUAUACUUGCAAUAAUAAUGCCCGUGUGCAUUGCAGAUGUCGGAAAAUGGUGCUUCGAACACAAUCACCUUUUUUCUUUCAAUCGCGGGAUACAUUUGCACUUAUCGACUGUACAUAAGAUGUUUCAGCUGACUGAAAGUUCAAACUUGCAUAGUAAUUUCAAAUCAGAUAGAUAAAAAUUUAAUCUAUUUUUCCAUGGGUUUUUUCGUCUCACACAAAAACCAAGAUCAGAGCUUGAUGAAAAGUUGGCAUUUUAAUGUACUGUGCGAAUAAAAUACCAGUACAAUUAGUGAAGAAAACCUUCUCUUCCCCUCUCCCCCUUUUUAGUCACAUUUUCUGAAGUGUUGGAAAGUUGAUCUUCCAGCUAGUUCCUUUGGGAGUGCCCCCCCCCCCCCACCUCUCUCUGGAGGACAAUCCUGCUGGUGAUGUGCAAUAAUUCAGUGAAGCCGUAAAUUAUAGCCAUAUGUGUAAAGUGUAGGGUGGCAAGGCUUUCCUCAAGUGUCUCCAUUUCAACUAUGUAAAACUACAAAAUUGGAUGAUGUUCACUAAAAAUUAUUGAGGCAAAAUUGCAUUUAGGAAAAGUUUGACUAACAUGAGUUGGCUCUACUGUAUGUUCAUCAUAACCAUGACAUAGUUAAGUAUGUUUUUAUGCAUUUAAAAUGAGUCUCUCAUAAUGUUUUACGGAGUAACAUUUUCCUCUACAUGUACCAUAGAAGUAAAAAAUGCAUUUUGAUACAUCUGCAUUGUGAGCUUGGCUUUAGUCGUAAAAGACCAUCACUUUUCUGUGUUGAGCUCUGAGAAAACUGCCACAAUCUCCAUUUAGGGUUGCCAAAUGUGUCAUGAUCCGAGACAGAAAAAAAAAAAAAAAGUGUUCCAGAGUUUCCUCGUGAUGUGUGUGUGUCCAGUAUUAUGCCGACAGAAACAGUGCAACAGCAUUUCGUAAAUAAGCUGAGUGCUUCAGGUAGUAAACAUGUUAAUUGAUCAUGCAGGGCCUCUCCCCUCAAUCUAUGUUAGGGUUUGAGAUGCUUUCCUGGUGAACACUUCGUCUUCCGUAAUAAAUUAGAAAGUGUGCUAUUUGUCAUUUUUAUUUAUUAUAGUGUGCUAUACCGACCUGUUCUUCAUCUGCACUGCAUCACAUAUUAAUUGAAACUAGAUUGUCACCUAGAUAUGUAGAGGUAGCUGCUGAGAAAGAAAACUCAUUCACAAAACAGAGGUAGUAGCCAGUUAAUUUGGCAACGCACUAUGCAAUUUUACUUGGCAGACUAAUGUUUAGAGGUGCAACUGCACAGCUGUGUAGAAUGCAAGCCUUUUAAGAGACAACCAAAGCAUAUCUGAAUUGUGUGAACACAAGUGAUGAUUGUUAAAAGUGUUCAGCAUCAUUUGGAAACCUACAUCUCUUGCUCGCUCGCGUGCUGGUAACCAUUAAACAUAGUCAACAGUGAGCUUAUGGUAGCUAUUUGUCCUGAGCAGUGUGUCUGUACUGCGUAGGCUAUUUGACUUGCAUAGAUGACAUUGUAUGUUCUGUGAACUGAUGCUUGACAAUUGAUGCAUCCCUCUCGCAGUGAUCUCGAUUGUAUUUCAGCUCGGCAAGUCUUCAUAGCAAUCGGCACGUACGACCCCAAAGUGUUAUCGACGCGCUGAAUUUACCUACUUUUGGUAUAUGCUAGCAGACUUGCCAGGGCUUUGUAAGCACACCUUGUCUGCAGUUCAAGCUCAUCUAGUUAUUUCAGUACAUAUUGUGUCGGUUUUCUUUGUUAUGACAUGUUUUGUAGUGUUUUUGCUGAUAACUUUACAAGCGGAGCAACUUCUUGCCAAAAGCUUUGCUGAAAUUUUGAUGGAAUCAAUAUGUUGUUGCUCUCAUUUUAUUUGUACAUGAAAUUUACAAUUGCAACUUGAUCCUCCGCAAUGUUUGAUAAAGUGUUUUCGCUGCACACGGACCUUUGGGAGUAAUAUGUGAGAAGUGCAUAGCUCCUUUGAAGAGCAACGCUUGCAACAGCUUGUACAUGAUGGCCUGCUCUUUAUGCCCUUGAUUAACUUUACACCCUAUCUGUGAGGAGGUGAUUUUGUAGCUUUGUUUAUGUUUGCUUACCAAGAGCUUCUCACCACAGAAAAAGCUCUGUGGAUACUGUAUUUCUUUUUCCAGUUUUGAUUGCAAUAUUUAGUGUACUGUGGCUGGCAGGCCAUGCUCUGCUCAUUAUAUCAACUCGAACUGGACUGUGUGGUGCUAAAAUGCAGCAAAAUGUGGUUAGUGCUAUUGCUGUUCUUUUUUUCUUUUUCUCUUCAUUUACUUGCUCAACAGUGCUUGUUUGAAUGCCUAAGGCAUUUGCGCACCAGUACUUGAAUACCAGUUUUUCUUACAUGUAGUAUCAGAAAUGGUAAAUUGUACUUAAGCUGUUUCUAUUAUUCACUUGUGACAGUUUGUGUAAUUCUAUAGACCACGCUGCAAAUGUGAUUGUUUAGUAGUACUGUGCAGUGUGCUCGGAACAGAAAACAUUUCCAAGGAGUACUGUCUGCAUAAUUAUUUACACAGGGUCCUGUCUCACUUCUUUGCACAACACCAUACAAAUGGUUUCAUAUCAAUGCAACAGGGUCUCGCCCAGGACUAAUAUUAUGAUUUGUCUAUGUCGGUGGCACAGAUGGCUAUUGAUUUGCAGAGGAACUCCAUGCGAACCAAAAUAAAUAUGCAAGGCAAUCAUACUGCAUACACAGCCCAUGCAAGCAUGCAGAGUGCUUUUUUUUUUCACUUUUUUUUUUUUUUUGCUGGUCUAGAAGCACUGUGUAGGUCUUAUGUUCACAGUAUUGCUACACACAGUGAGUGUCCUUUGCUGCUGGCAGUAAAUGGGAGGAAAAGCAUGUUGUUGCCUAAAACACAUAUCUGCUCAGUUUUCAAGCUUUAAAGAUUAGAUAGUUUUUGUUAUUGCAUAAGCCUUGCUCAAUGAUUGAAGUGUGUGGCACCUUGUUUUGUUUGCAAAAUGUGAUCAAUAUUUAGAUUGGUGGUGAAUGGAUAACAUUAUUCAGCAUACAGAGCUUGAUGUAGAAGCUUUCAAACCACAAGUUACAGAGGAUGAAUAAAAAGACUUCAUGUGUAGUUUUGCUUGAGCACAAGCUUAAUUUGUUCAGUAUAUAUAUAUAUAUAUAUAUAUAUAUAUAUAUAUAAAGUACCAUUCUUUAUGCUACUAAACAUAUAAUUUUGCUUUACGAUAUUAGUCUGGGCAGUCUGCAAUAUCUGUUCUAUAAAACGAAUAUAUCAUAUAGUUGAAUCUUGCAGAGAAGCAAUUGUGAAGAGCAAAAACUCGAUGCAGGUUUCAUAUUGUUGCAUGUGAUAUUUUACUCGUUUCGCCUUGUGAUGAUGGAUAUAGGACAGAAGUUAACGACUUUACAAGCUCCUCGUAUUGAGCACUCAGUGGGCAGGGAUAGCUCCCGAGUUCACGAAUGGAUGACAGUUGUCCAAGGACGUUACUAUUCAGCACUGCUGCUCCGCAUGAGGUAAACCGCAAAUGCGAAGGCUUAUCCGCGACUCAGCCGCAAUUUAUUAACUGUAAUUAAAACUAACGCAUUCAAAGCCAUUACAGUGGAUAUUUAAGUUUCACCAUUAGUGUUAGUACCAACGAUUAAUGCUGCAAGGCAAAGAUUUUAAAAAUUUAUUCUUUAGAUAGGGCCUGUAUGUUAUCUAGUAAAAUACUCAAGUACUUACGAGAAAAAAUUGGCAACCAUGAAUCAGUAGGUCUUUAGUCUGAACACAUCUUGGACAAAACAAAUUUAGUCGUCAAAAAUUGUGUUUGGAGCUCAGAUGGAACCUCGUGACAGUGCAUGGCUGCUGGAGAGUCAUCCUCUGAGUACAACACACAUUACUACCAAUGAAGUGUUAAAUCAACUCUGAAAGCGUACAGACAAUUCAGAAACCAAUUUUCAUUAUGCUUUGUUACACCAUUGCUGUCACCAUCCACCCUAAUUGGCAUUCCUUUCUUCGAAGAGGUUGUGUAUAAACUUGUUUUGCCCAUCUUUUGUCUUCUGUAAUGUAUGUUCACAUUGAGUACUUUGAAGACUCAAGGUGGUGGGUGCAUUUUCAAAAAGGGCAAAAGAAACAAAACAAAAAAAAGUAUUUAUUCAAUAAGUGAGUUGUGUUGCUGUAGUAUAGUGGAUUUGUGGUGCACUUGUACGUCAACUGUGUUCACUGAUGUUUGUGUACGUGCACAUGACUUUGCCACCAUUUAGUAGACAUUCCAUUUUGUUACCAAAACUUUUUUUUUUCCAAGCACGAAGUCAUAUCUCCAGUGUUUUGGAACACAAUGUGCCUGUGGAGUACUUUAUACUGCAGUACAUUGGCCUGCAUGGUGUACAGUGCAAGCAAAUAAAAUAUUUUCACGAACCAUA